AUGGAGUGUCGGAGACUGCUGGGGGAGGAAGCCGAGAAAGAGACAGGAGAGCCCAUCUUAAGAGGCGAUGACGAGUUUGGAGACGGAGUUGUUCGGGAGGCGAUGACGAGUGAGGAAGGAGGCGAGGCGUUUGACGAGUAUGAAGUCGAGGCGUUGUUUGAAGAAGAAGUCGGAAGAUUGAAGAGAGAAGCGGUACGAGUGAAGAGAGUGGAGAGAGAGAAUUACAGAGCGGAGAGCGCAAAGAGCGCAGAGAGCGCAGAGAGCGCAGAAAUUCCAACAGCCUUCAUUUAUAUUUGA